UUUCACGCGAGGACCAGUAGGUUGUAUACAAAUCACUGACUGAUGCGAAAAAUGGCGACGUCGUUCUGGUACUUCGUCCUGAUCGGGAUUUGCGUUCUGGCGCAACUUGUCGACGGUCGACGGGAGAUCAAGUUCAACUGUACCUUGACCGCUAACUAUUAUGAUUGUCUUUUCCGUGAUGUUAUCAUUCGAAGCGAAUCAGAAGCCGAUAGCAUCUUUUUCGGUGAGCAAAACUUCAACGACACUAGUAUAGCAUUUCGUGACUGCUCGAUGGUGGUGCUCCCGAAAAAAGUGUUCGAAACCUUCCCGGCGAUACAGUAUCUUUCAAGUGACGCGUGCAACAUCCAAAAGCUUCUCAGUGGAACAUUCGCCAAUGCCCAGCGGCUUCAGGAACUGCAUCUCUACAAUAACAAAAUAUCGAAGCUAAAUAACUUUGUGUUCAAUGGAGCAUUGCAGCUAGAAGUAUUGUCUCUUUAUAACAACACGAUCAAAUAUUUGGAGGAACAUGCAUUCGAUGGACUCGGGCAUCUGCGUCAGCUGUACAUGGAUGACAAUUUAAUAGAAAAGCUACCUGAGAGUUUGUUCUCCGGAUUGGAAGAGCUGCAGGUUCUGGAACUGCAGAACAAUAAAAUUAAGGAAAUCAACGAUGAUCAGUUCAUUCUGUGCUCAAUGAUGAGAGAGUUAAACCUUUCGACCAACAUGAUUAACACCUUCAACAUGACUCAACUGAUUGGAUUGAACAAGCUAGAAAUUUUGGAUAUCGGGAAGAACUAUUUGGAUGAAGUCUAUGUAACGAAAUACCUUCGCACCCUGAACGCACAGGAGAAUCAAAUCAGUCGAAUCCUAAUGGACCAAGGAGAUUUUUUCCAGCUAACUCAUUUGAAUUUAUCCCGAAAUAACAUAGCCAACAUAAAUAAUAUUUUCAAGUUUCGCAACCUUAUCGAGCUUGAUGUGUCGUACAACGAACUAAUUACGCUUGAUUUUGUGAUAUUCGCUUUCAUGAAAAAUCUCAAAGAUAUUAAACUGAACAACAACCAUUUAUGGAUCAUAGACAAUGGCAUACCGGCACCGGCGAAAUCUCUUCGCACACUAAAUCUCGCCCACAACAAGUUUCUAUUUAUUGAUUUGGCUGUGUUUGAUACUUUCCCGGCGCUGGAAAACAUUUACCUCCAUGGAAACGAGCUAAUCGACAUGCGUAUCGAAGAUGUGGAGCAAAACUUCCCCUACCUGGCGCUGGUUUCCACCGAUAACAACGACUGGGACUGCAUUAAUCUGAUGAACAUCGUUACGACACUGGAACGGGCUUACGUCAAAUGGUCCGCUGCUAACCGGAACUGCACCAAGCCAGAACAGCACAAAUUCAUCUGCUGCACCUCAACCGAACAUCACCUGCGAGAGAAAAUCGUCCGACUCACGAAGGAAAUCUAUAAAUCGCGCAAAAUGAUCAAACAGCUAAUCAUGGAAAAUGCUGAGCUGAGAACGGAAGUGGAAACCCAAUUUCUGCCGACCGAUUAACUAGCAGCUGGUAUGUAUGUAUGUAUGUAACAUGUACUGUAUUUCUCUGCAAUGAUUCCCUAGUUGGUAGAUGUAGUCGUUAAAUGGAGUUUUUUGAUUUAAAAUUUGAUAAAUAAAUUUUAAAAAAUAUCA